AUGUCAGGCACGAAAGUCGCACUCGCCGGCGCCACAGGCAACCUAGGCCCGUCUAUCCUCAACGCCCUCCUCGACGCCGGGUUCUCCGUGGUAGUGCUGACCCGUAAGGGCGGCAACGCAAGCAAAAUCCCCUCCAACCCGAACAUCGCCGUCAAAGAAGUCGACUACAGCUCAGUCGAGUCUCUGAUCCCGGCACUCCAGGGCGUCGAAGCCGUCGUAUCCACAGUGGGCAGCGAAGCUCUGGGGGCACAAACCCCCCUGAUCGACGCCGCCGUGGCGGCAGGCGUGAAGCGGUUCCUGCCCUCCGAGUUCGGCAGCAACCUGGACAACGCCAACACGGCGGCACUACCCGUCUUCGGCGCGAAGGUCGCGACGGCCAAGUAUCUGGAAGAGGUCGCGGCCAAGAACCCGUCGUUCAGCUAUACGCGGGUCUACAACGGGGCCUUCCUCGACUGGUGCAUGGCGGUGGGCUUCAUCAUCCAGCCGAAGGACCACAGCGCGAAGCUUUUCAAUGGCGGCGACCGGCCGUUCAGCGCGACCACCCUCGCCACGAUCGGGAAAGCCACUGCGGCGAUCAUCAAGAACCAGGCCCAAACCAAAAACCGCGCCGUCUAUAUCCAGGACGUGAGCACCACACAGAAGAAACUGAUCGCCUACGCGAAGGAGAAGGACGGCAAGGACUUCGCCACCACGCCCGUCGACACCGAAACCACCCGCCAGGAGGGCCUGAAGGCCUUGUCGUCCGGCAAGGCUCCCGAGAACAUCGGUGCCAUCAUGGUCAGCUUCAUCUUCAGCGCCAUUUUCCAGGAGGGCUUUGGCGGCGAGUGGUCCGCUCAGAACGACAAUGAGCUGCUGGGUCUGCCCGGCUUGUCGGAGCCGGAGCUCAAGAAGCUGGUCCAGAGUUUCUUGUGA